CGCAUGAGCCCCGGCGGUGGAGGCAGCGAAAGGGAACGAGGCGGUGGCGGGCGGAGGCGGCGAGCGAGGGCGACCGCGACCAGUGAGGCAGCCGCUGCUGCGAGGGCCGCAGCCCAGGCGCGGGGGCGACAACAGGUUAAAAAUCUGUAAGAACCUGAUAUUAGAAUUCACCAGCUCUUCAGAAGUUUGGCGAAAUAUGAGUUAUUAAACCUACGCUCAGAUCAAGUUAGCAGCUAGACUGGUGUGACAACCUGUUUUUAAUCAGUGACUCAAAGCUGUGAUCACCCUGAUGUCACCGAAUGGCCACAGCUUGUAAAAGAUCACCAGGAGAACCUCAGUCUGACGACAUCGAAGCUAGCCGAAUGAAGCGAGCAGCUGCAAAGCAUCUAAUAGAACGCUACUACCACCAGUUAACUGAGGGCUGUGGAAAUGAGGCCUGCACGAAUGAGUUUUGUGCUUCCUGUCCAACUUUUCUUCGUAUGGAUAACAAUGCAGCAGCUAUUAAAGCCCUCGAGCUUUAUAAGAUUAAUGCAAAACUCUGUGAUCCUCAUCCCUCCAAGAAAGGAGCCAGCUCAGCUUACCUUGAAAACUCGAAAGGUGCCCCUAACAAUUCCUGCUCUGACAUAAAAAUGAACAAGAAGGAAGGACAAGGAGCAAGAGAUGAUUUUAGAGAUGUGACUUACCUAACAGAAGAGACGAUAUAUGAAAUUCUUGAAUUAUGUAGAGAGAGAGAGGAUUAUUCCCCUUUAAUCCGUGUUAUUGGAAGAGUUUUUUCUAGUGCUGAGGCAUUGGUACAGAGCUUUCGGAAAGUCAAACAACACACCAAGGAAGAACUGAAAUCUCUUCAAGGAAAGGAUGAAGACAAGGAUGAAGAUGAAAAGGAAAAAGCUGCAUGUUCUGCUGCUGCUAUGGAAGAAGAUUCAGAAGCAUCUUCUUCAAGGAUAACUGAUAGUUCACAAGGCGAUAACAACUUACAAAAAUUAGGCCCUGAUGAUGUGUCUGUGGAUAUUGAGGCCAUUAGAAGGGUCUACACCAGAUUACUCUCUAAUGAAAAAAUAGAAACUGCUUUUCUCAAUGCACUUGUAUAUUUGUCACCUAAUGUGGAAUGUGACUUGACGUAUCACAAUGUAUACUCUCGAGAUCCUAAUUAUCUGAAUUUAUUCAUUAUUGUAAUGGAGAAUAGAAAUCUCCACAGUCCUGAAUAUCUGGAAAUGGCUUUGCCUUUAUUUUGCAAAGCAAUGAGUAAGCUACCCCUCGCAGCCCAAGGAAAAUUGGUUAGACUGUGGUCUAAAUACAGUGCAGACCAGAUUCGUAGAAUGAUGGAAACAUUUCAGCAACUUAUUACUUACAAAGUCAUAAGCAAUGAAUUUAACAGUCGAAAUCUAGUGAAUGAUGAUGAUGCUAUUGUUGCUGCUUCAAAGUGCUUGAAAAUGGUUUACUAUGCAAAUGUAGUGGGUGGGGAAGUGGACACAAAUCAUAAUGAAGAAGAUGAUGAAGAGCCCAUCCCUGAGUCCAGUGAAUUGACACUUCAGGAGCUUUUGGGAGAGGAAAGAAGAAACAAGAAAGGUCCUCGAGUGGACCCCCUGGAAACUGAACUUGGUGUUAAAACUCUGGAUUGUCGAAAACCACUUAUCCCUUUUGAAGAGUUUAUUAAUGAACCACUGAAUGAUGUUCUAGAAAUGGAUAAAGAUUAUACUUUUUUCAAAGUAGAAACAGAGAACAAAUUCUCUUUCAUGACAUGUCCCUUUAUAUUGAAUGCUGUCACAAAGAAUUUGGGAUUAUAUUAUGACAAUAGAAUUCGCAUGUACAGUGAACGAAGAAUCACUGUUCUCUACAGCUUAGUUCAAGGACAGCAGUUGAAUCCGUAUUUGAGACUCAAAGUCAGACGUGACCAUAUCAUAGAUGAUGCACUUGUCCGGCUAGAGAUGAUCGCUAUGGAAAAUCCUGCAGACUUGAAGAAACAGUUGUAUGUGGAAUUUGAAGGAGAACAAGGAGUUGAUGAGGGAGGUGUUUCCAAAGAAUUUUUUCAGCUGGUUGUGGAGGAAAUCUUCAAUCCAGAUAUUGGUAUGUUCACAUAUGAUGAAUCUACAAAAUUAUUUUGGUUUAAUCCAUCCUCUUUUGAAACUGAGGGUCAGUUCACUCUGAUUGGCAUAGUGCUGGGUCUGGCUAUUUACAAUAACUGUAUACUGGAUGUACAUUUUCCCAUGGUUGUCUACAGGAAGCUAAUGGGGAAAAAAGGAACUUUUCGUGACCUAGGAGAUUCUCACCCUGUCCUAUAUCAGAGUUUAAAAGAUUUAUUGGAAUAUGAAGGAAAUGUGGAAGAUGACAUGAUGAUCACUUUCCAGAUAUCUCAGACAGACCUCUUUGGUAAUCCCAUGAUGUAUGAUCUAAAGGAAAAUGGUGAUAAAAUUCCAAUUACGAAUGAAAACAGGAAGGAAUUUGUCAAUCUCUAUUCUGACUACAUUCUCAAUAAAUCAGUAGAAAAACAAUUCAAAGCCUUUCGGAGAGGUUUUCAUAUGGUGACCAAUGAGUCUCCCUUAAAGUAUUUAUUCAGACCAGAGGAAAUUGAAUUGCUUAUAUGUGGAAGCCGGAAUCUAGAUUUCCAAGCACUAGAAGAAACUACGGAAUAUGACGGUGGCUAUACUAGGGACUCUGUUCUGAUUAGGGAGUUCUGGGAAAUCGUUCAUUCAUUUACAGAUGAGCAGAAAAGACUUUUCUUGCAGUUUACAACAGGUACAGACCGAGCACCUGUGGGUGGACUAGGAAAAUUAAAGAUGAUUAUAGCCAAAAAUGGCCCAGACACAGAAAGGUUACCUACAUCUCAUACUUGCUUUAAUGUCCUUUUACUGCCGGAAUAUUCAAGCAAAGAAAAACUUAAAGAAAGAUUGCUGAAGGCCAUCACUUACGCCAAAGGAUUUGGCAUGCUGUAAAAAAAAAAAAAAAAAAGAAGAAGAAGAAGAAGAAUGGAAAAAAAGAAAAAGAAAAAUUUUAAAUUUUAAUAAUUAUAACAAGAGGGAUGAAUUUGGUGGUGAUAAUGUCCCAGUACAAAAAGGCUGUAAGAUAGUGAACCACAGUAGUCACCUUAUGUCUGUGCCUCCCUUCUUUAUUGGGGAUAUGUGGGCUGGAACAGCAGAUUUCAGCUACUUAUAUGAACAAAUCCUUUAUUAUUAGUAUUAUUUCAUUUUAUUUUAUUUUAUUUUUUUUUUUGCGUGAAAGUGUUACUUAUUCUUUCACUUGUAUGUACAGAGAGGUUUUUCUGAAUAUUUAUUUUAAGGGUUAAAUCACUUUUGCUUGUGUUUAUUACUGCUUGAGGUUGAGCCUUUUUGAGUAUUUAAAAAAUAUAUACCAACAAAACUACUCUCCCAAGGAAUAUAUUGCCACCAUUUGUAGACUGUGUAACCUUCAACUAUGUGCUAUUUUCGUCCCUGUAUCUAACUCAAAUCAGGAACUGUGUUUUUUUUUUUUUCUUUUUUUAAACAAUUUGCUUUGAAACUUGAAGUUUUGAAAACAGUGUGAUGCAAUUGCUGCUGUUCUAGUCCCCAAAGAGUUUUCUGUGCAAAAUCUUGAAAUCAAUAAAGAUGGAAGGGAGAACUUGGAAUGUUUUAACUGCAGCCCUCAGAACUUUACUUUAGUAACAGCACAACAAAUUAAAAACAACUCAUGCCACAGUAUGUCGUCUUCAUGUGUCUUGCAAUGAACUGUUUCAGUAGCCAAUCCUCUUUCUUAGUAUAUGAAAGGACAGGGAUUAUCUUGUUGUUGUUGUUGUUGUUGUUGUUGUUGUUAUUGUUGUUAUUGUUGUUGUUUUAAGUUUACUGGGGAAAAGUGCAUUUGGCCAAAAGAAAUGGUAGUCAAGCCUGUUGCAAGAAAGCUAGGAAGUUUGUUGUUUAUUAUAAACGCAAAGCAUGUGAAAGUGCACUUAAAUUUUUUAUUAAUUACUUAUUACCUGCAUUUUAAAUAGACAAUCCAAAGUCUUCCCUUCAUGUUGCCAUCAUCUUGUCUACAGCCAUUUUAUCAAGGCACAUGAUCAGUGUUGCAACAUAAUAGAAAGGAUGGCUAUUGUGCCUUGUUUCACUUAAUCAUACGUUAAGCAGACCUGGAAUGAAUGGAACUAUUACUCUUAAGUCCUAUUUACAUUGUAUAUCCCCAAAGAUUAAGUUAUACUUCAGAAAGUAAGUGUUAAAUAUUACUUCCAUGUGGAAAAGUACAAAUAGGUUUAAAUUACUGGACGUACAGAAGUAAGUAGUUUCCCCUUUCUAGUCUUCUGUGUCUGUGAUGUUAAUUUCUUUUAUUACAAUAUAAAUAAAAGGAUUAUGUAUUUUUAACUAAGAGAUAUGGAUAUAUCCUUUUACUACAAGCUAUAUACAGCUAAUGUGCUGAGCUUGUUCUUUGAUGAUUGUUUUAACAGACAGAUUAGAUCAACCUGAUUUGUUUGAAAUUGGCAGGAAAAAUACAGCUUUUCAAAUCACGGGAGGGGAGAAAGGAUAUCUUUCAGGAUUAUUUUAAUUAUUUUAGUAAUUGAGACAGAUCUGUUGUGUACCGUAAUGCUAAAUAAAACAGUGACAUUUUUCAUCAUAAUUUAGAGGAAAACGAAAACAGUGCUUUCAUCUUGUGAUAAGGUAACAUUUUUUGUUGUUGUUUUCUGGGCCAGCCUUUAGAACUGUUAAGGUAUGUACACUACCUUGAUGCAAGGGACUCUCAUGAUACUAUAGUCAUCUUAAAGAGCGUCUCAUCCAUGUGCUUGUGUAUAAUGAAAGAAGGAGAGAAAUCAAAUACUCUGGGGGCAUUUUAUAUAAUAAAUUCGUGAAGAAAUGUGUGUUCUUCAGUUCUCAAGUUCUAUUAUCACAGUAUUGAAGUUCUAUAAUUGUAUUAACCUUUCUGUAUGAAGUUUGUGAAUGGUAAUUGAGUAUAGGUUAUCAGAUAUAGAAUUCACAUCAAAUAGACUUUUAACAAACAGUUCAAAAUAAACCUACCCUUGAAAAUA